AUGUUAUCAACUAUAAGAAAUCAUCGAUCAAUGGGUAUAUUAUGUAUACCAUUAUCAAUGGUAUGGAUAGCAUACAAUAGGUCGUCAUUGUUUAUCUGGCAAUCGUUUCAGACGACCACCACCACCACCACCACCACCACCACCAGUGCCCGAUCAUUGGCUGCCAAACAACCAAACAAUGGGUAUCCGUGUCUUAGAUCGGCGGCGCUUAUGGCGGUCAACAAUGAAAACACUGCCGAUAAUGGUCUGGAUAUGAUUGACAUAAAAAAACGUUGUAUCAAAUCGAUAGCUUAUGUCAUACGGCCUACAAUUGAAGACAACUGUAUUGUUAGCGGUACGGGAUCGGGUGUUUUUGUUGUCGACAAUCGACUACUGUUAACCUGCUAUCAUGUGGUCAAACAUAGACCAGUAGUUUGGGUUCAAUGUGUUCAAGUGUAUUGGUAUCGGUUUGUAAUGACUACACUGCCGAUUGAGGCCGAUGUCCUAUAUGUAGAGCCGCACUGGGAUUUGGCUAUAGUCAGGCUCCGUGAGUUGUUAUCGCCUGAUUAUAAUACAUGGACAACAAUGCCGAUGACUACCAGUACUUCCGGGAGUAUUGAUUUUGGUGCACAGGUAGCCAUGAUAGGCAAUGGCAAUAAGAUAAUGUUUGCCCUGCAUCCGGGUAUGAUUACCAUCCAGCGAGUCGAUAACAACAUGGCAUCCAACCCGUACUAUGUAAGUCAGGUACCAUUUGGUCAGGUAUUGCCUUUGGUAGCCAACGAUGCUAUCAAUGUACCCGGUUUUUCAGGUUGUCCUCUAAUAGAUACGGAUGGACUAUUGUGCGGUAUUGUUUGGGGUGGUAUACAACUUUGGUAUUCAACCUAUACUAUCGACUAUAUAACAUUGAAAGAGUUUAUCAAUAGGGCAUUGACUUAUGAAAGCGAUGGCAUAAAACAUAAUCGUCUGACGGAACGGUAUGAAUGGGACAUUCGAGCCGAUAGUCAACUAUUGGGUUUGAUUUUGUCUACACAACAACCGUUUUCGGGUAGUUUUAUUGUCCGAUCGGUUUUGCCCACUGUCUCUGAUGAAACAAAAAAUAUUAUCGGCUCACGUGUUACAAAAGUUUUCGGACACGUGUUCAAUAAUAUUGAUGUCAUCCGAUCGGCUAUCGGUACUAAUCGGGUAAUCAAAUUGUCGAUUGAAUUACCCAUUGAAGAUGACAGUAGUAGUAGUAGUGGUAGUCGAGGAACAGUUAUAGAUGAUAGCAUCAGCACUGUUAACAUCAAUACUAUAGCACCCGUCGAUUAUCAAGGCUUUAGGAUUAAACCAUUAGUUUUUUGA